AUGACAUAUCUCGAAAGAAUUGGCCUUAUUCUCUUGUUUUUUGGGCUUCUGGGUGAGAUUGCAAGAAUACUUAAAUGGUAUUUACGAGAACCUACGGUAGAUGAGAUGAAGACUGACUUGAUUUGUUGCAGUCAUGGAGACAAUUUCAGCACUUGCCGUCGUUGCCCAGGAUUUGCAAAAUGGGCAGUUUAUACAUUGCUUCAUUUAACAGCAGUGGCGUAUUUCUGGCAUAUCCGUCGAGACCUAGGUCCAGUGUAUGACUUCUACCUGUUGAGCAAGAUCCUCAUAAGCCAUCUUGUCAUGCUUACUUUGACUGUGCAAGCACAUCGCUGGAACUUCAGAUUUUGCUACAAUAGAACGUCCUUCAGGUAUCUUAUUGUUGCUGAGAAAGUGCUUCUUUGGUUGACAGCACUUGGAACUUUAGCCUUCUACAUCAACAUGACAUUGCGAUUCAACAUGCUCUAUGCUAUUGAUCUUUUGGUGCCGACAUUGCACUUUCUUGUGAUAGCCACCAACAUAAAACUCAGACGUUAUUUCAGCAAUGAUGACCCGAGAAUCCAUAGUCAAGUCUGA